AUGCAGGAAGCCUGGGUCCCAGGAGCCCUCACCAUGAUCUUCGGAACACUAUUGGGAUUGCAAGGAGUAAGCUCCAAUGAGACUGUGAAUAACUGUGAAGACCUACACUGCCCCAAAGGAUUCAGAUGCUGUGGGAAUGAAUGCUGUCACGAAAGCAAGAUCUUGGAUCCUGAAAAUGACCCCCUCAAGAUCGUGUUCAUCACCUUAUUGGUCAUUAUCGUCCUCCUGUGCAUCUGUAGCCUUGUGAUGUCCAAGUGCAAACAACUACACCAUGACCUCAGAGCAGCUGAUCAUCAGACUCCUCCAGAUGCACACUCCAUCGCGCCCCUAGAGAGCAUUUGGGUCACCUCCUUGGAUCCCCUACCAACCUACAGUCAGGUGGGUCUUUCUGUCCCCAUACCUAAUGUGUUUCAUAGCUGGCUGUCCAACCUGCUGAAAUAA